AUGGAGACGGCGGCGUCCCAGCCUCCACCGGCGGCGGCGACCACAUCGACGUGCACUCCGCAGACAGCGCGCGGCCGGCAUGUGUUCCAGAUCGAAGGGUACACCCUGCACCGGGGCUUAGGCGUCGGCAAGUUCAUCCAGUCCGCCGCCUUCGCCGUCGGCGGCUACUCCUGGUGCAUCCGCUGCUACCCCGACGGAGCCAGCGAGGAUGCCAAAGGCUACGUCUCCGUUUUCCUUAGGCUUGUGAGCAGGAACGCCAAGGUCAGAGCCCUGUAUAAGAUUAGGCUGAUCGGCCAGAAAACAGGGUUGUCUCCGGCACCCUGCGCGUCAGGGAGAGAAGUGUUUGACACCAUGAACUCUGGUGAAGCCGUCUGGGGCACAAAUCUCUUCAUGAAGGCGAGUGGGCUGGAGGCGUCGGCGGGGUACCUGCGCGAUGAUUGCCUUGUGAUCGAGUGCGACGUCACUGUCAUCAAGGAACCACUCGUGACAGAGGAUGCUACAAAGCCCCUCGAGAUCCAGGUGCCUCCAUCGGAUCUGCCAGAUGAUUUUGGAAGAUUGCUAGAGACGAGGGAGGGAGCAGACAUGAUACUCAAGGUUCAGGGUGAGUAUUUCUUGGCCCACCGGAUCGUGCUCGUAGCGCGGUCACCGGUCCUCAGCGCGGAGCUCCGUGGGACAGCAGUAGCGGAGCACAAUAGAGGAUGCAUAACAAUCGAGGACAUGCAGCCUGCUGUCUUUAGAGCAUUGCUCCAUUUCAUCUACACGGACUCGUUGCCCGGCAUGGAUGACCUCAAUGUGGAUGAGACUCAUGACAUGGUUAAGCACUUGUUUGUGGCCGCGGACAGACCCCAUGGGCUUCCCCAUGAUGCCACGGUCCUCAAGCCUCGUGGCCGCACACCCCUGUAG